CCACCCUAGCUACAGUAUGUGCCCAGUCAGCAGAAAGUGUGAUGUCGAUGGCUGUGCUCUAUUUUCUAUGAUGGCAUACAACAACAGUAUUCCAAAGCUAGAGUCAGUGUCCUUUACAAGACCACCAGAAUGGACAGAUGAAGACAGAAUGCACUUCCUCCUCGCUCCAUUCCCUCUGAGUACGUCCCCUUCCCCUCAAGACCCCAAACUAUCCUUCUGGUACUCGCUCAUACUCAGCAGUUCCAAGGAGCUCAAAAAACCAUCCUUUACAGAAGAAGAGCUAAAGACACGCUUCAAGUGGAAUGGAAGCCUCUCUCCGAGUUGCCUGGGGCCUGUAAUUGAGAGUAUGGAGAGGUCUGGUGUGAUAACAAAGCAAAGAGACUUUACUAAAUCCAGUGAUGCCGGCUGGCUCCUAUGGGGGUUGAAGAUGGUCGUUGCCAAACCUGUCGGCUGGGCCCUGAGUAGCUACCUUCCUGGUGACAGGUAUACAGGAUCCUACAUUAUCACUUCUCUGGUUAAGGAGUAUGCAGAGAAAGUGAUAUUAAAGCACCAACAAAUAGUUCUCCACAAGUCGACAGAUCUGGUCAUGAAGGCUGCUGACUUUGACACACUGAGUAGUGAACUUGUGAGCUCAGAUGUGUUGCCUCUAGUGAAGACCUCCCUGAUCAGAGAUGGAGCGAUAGUGAGCAAGUCCACAGAGCUGGGAUACAAUGUACUCAAGAUUUGUGACGGAAAAAGAACAGAUAUUUCAGAAGUUGAUGUAGGGAUUGUGAGGAUUAAAGAAUCUGUCAAGAGUCUCAAAGAGCAGGUGGACUCACUAACUCUGAGAGUACAGAAGUUAAAGCAGUCAGCCAGAGAGAACAUCAAAGACAAGAAGAAGGCUGUGAGGCUGCUGCGACAGAGCAAAACGUUGGAAGGGCUACUGGUAAAGAGGGAAGGGGCACUGGAUAACCUUCAAACUGCACUCCAGCAAAUACAGAUGGCAGAGACAGACAAAAUGAUAGUGGAUGCAUACAAGAGUAGUGUGAGGGCACUCAAGUCAGUACGGGAGGGGUUGACAUUGGAAGGGGUAGAAGAGACACUGGAGGAGCUCAGAGAAACUAUGGACGAAGGCCAGGAAAUAUCUGCAGCCCUCAGUGAAGGUGUUGGAGACAGUUUGGAGUGUGAUGAUGAUGAGCUGGAAAGAGACCUAGCUGAACUGCUAGGUCCACAACAGUCAGAAACAGUGACUACAGACCAGGGAUCAUCUGUUGAGGAUGAACUGGAGGCUCAGUUAGCUGCCCUGUCCCUACAACAAGUUCCUUUAUCCACCCCUAAAGUAUCACAACUAGCGAAGAGACAAACUCCAAUGCUAGCUUAAACUAUAUAUAUACACAUGUACUUUAAUUCAUUACGUUGUUUCAUUGUUUGUUCAUAUUUGUUGCAAAAAACACUUUAUCAUAAUCAUUACAAGAACAGUUGAUAUCUGA